AUGCUUCAAGAGUCUUAUUUCUUAUCUGUCGUCAGAGGGUUGGAUAUGAAGCAGUCGUAUUCGGGCGAUUACGAGUUAUUCCUGAAUGGAACAAUGCGAAUCGAUGACCCGGACGAGAUACGACACUUCGAGUGUGCCAUCGAUCAUUCGGUAUUACCACAAAGGAAACGUCGGCAGCUGCAUACCUCAUCGUUUGAACCACAGUUCACGCUAAGACCACAGAAUCGAGCCUACCGAGAGGGAGAUGUAGUUCGAGUCGACUGUGAGGUUAUUGGAAAGCCUCGGCCGAAAAUUAAGUGGUACUUCAAUAAGGUCGAGUUGAGACCUUCAUCAAAGCACGAAAUGAAUUUCGAACGAACCAAUCUUAUUAUUCGUGCGUUUACGGAUCGAGACGUUGGAGAAUACAGCUGUGUUGCUGAGAAUGUUGUUGGACGUAUUGAAGCGUCAGCAUCAAUUGAGCUCAUCGCAAGCUCACCACCAGUCAUUGCUGAAGGACCUGAGUCGCAGACUGUCGACGAAGGUGCUACAGUUCAUUUCAAGUGUAAGGCAAAAGCUCAGCCAAGGCCUGCAAUAACGUGGUUCUUUGAAGGAAGCGAAAUCUCUAUGCUGAGAGGACACUUCCACGUAUCAGAUGAUGAAAGUGAACUGACAGUAUCACGGGUGACGAAACAAGACGAUGGUACGUAUUCGUGUAUGGCUGGUAAUGCUGUUGGUUCGAUGUUGGCCGAUGCUCGCUUAACAGUGAUACCAAAUCCACAAAUAUCUCGUCCCACUCAUCAUCAACAGUUAUCUCGUCCUAGUCCUCCUCAACAGUCAUUCCGUCCUACUCAUCAUCAUCCACAGUCAUCUCGCCCUACUCAUCCUCAACAGUCAUCUCAUCCUACUCAUCAUCAACAUCGGCAGCAUCAGCAGUAUCAAUCUCCGCCUAAUCCACCUCCUCCAUCUUAUCGGCAAUCCAUAACUAACUCUAUCACUGACGACAUCAUACGAGAUGCU